AUGAAUGGUUGGACUCUCGCACUUGGUCUGACUCCAAAUCCCAAUGCAAACAUUGAGUGGACGGAUAGAUUUUACGGUGACCUGCAAGAUGUCAUACACCUAGCUUGUAUCGGUCGAGCAGACUGGAGCUUGAUCUACAGAUUUCGCGUAUGCUACGGCUUUGUUCUCUCUGGAGAAGUAUCGGCCGACCGGCGUUUCACUCAUACCACGGCACUUUUGGAUGAAGGAAGUGUCGAAGAAGCACGGGAGUAUAUCAUUCAUUUGGAGGACAUUCACUUUGCGGGUAUGGAAACUGGAAUGCUAGAUAUAAAUAAACUGAGGCAUGCCAACAGGAUUCGGCUACCUCCAGGCAGACAACAUGACAGUGUCGGAGCCUUUCCGUCCGAUGACUGGAGCCCGGACGCUUGUAUGAACUAUGCCAACGACUUGGCUCGGAAUGGAAGGUUGAAUCUGGACUUCAAAAAAACUCAGCUUGAGGAGGCCCAUGUCGAUUUGUGCGAUGUUCGAGGAUUAGCAUUUAGAAAGCAACUCGAGAAAGACGACGCAGACUACAAGAAACAAAACCCUCAGCAGUUACGCAAAGUAUGCCAAGAUUAUUUGAAUCAAUGGCACACAAGCAAGAAUUUGCUUUUACAGCUUCGACCAUGUUCGAUCCUCCAUGACACUCUACAUCUCUAUCGGUAUAUAUUCCGGGAGGACUUUCUUGGGAAUAUACUCAAAGGCGAGGAAUCUGGAACAGGACAUUGGAACCAGCCAAGGAAUGACUCAGAUGUCAGUUUGGCGAUCGCCUCAGUUAUUGCAGCGAUUGAUGACCUGCAACUGCAGAGGCAUAAGGAUACUAACCCGCUCGCAGCGUUCGCGGGUGGUUUCUGCCUUUCCACUAGCUACAGUAUCGCCCUUGCAGGCGGUAAGGCGGGUAUGCCAGUUUCGCGCCCACGAAGAUGUUGGUUCAUGCCUCUGGUCGUCUCGAGAGGAGGCUAUCUGGAUAUAAUUGAUAGAUGGCGUGAAAAGAAUAAGAGGCCAACUUCAGAUACGACCGUGAACGGACAAGGGCACCAUAUACUGGUGGUUCUACAAGAAUCAGAGCAAGAUGGUGAUUCAAAUAGGAAGAUAUUUGAGAUAAGCAUCUACGACAGUGCACCGAGCAUACUGGCCGACGCGAUCCAGCGCGCAGACGACCCCCUGUCCAGGAUCAUCAAGAACAUUGCUGCUGAGCUCAAAUGGCCUCAACAGCGUCUGAAUGACGGAGCGGAGUAUCUUUUACAGACAAUACCUGCUCCAAGUCAGCAGAGCGGCGGAUGGCAGUGCGGGCCUCAUGUUGUAAUCAAUGCAUGGAUUCUAGCUCUGGGCUUGCACCCGAACCCGAGUAAAGCAUACGACGACGUCAUAUACGAAGAAUUCCAUACUCUCGCGCGUGCCGCCGUAGUCGGUCUACUGGACUGGCGAACGUUAGCUGCAUGGAUAUUUUGUCGCCAGCUUGCUUUCGAGAAUAGGGUAUCCGAUAUAACACCUGAUCGUCAGUUUCGUAUGACAGACUUCUGGAAAAACGAGAAUUCCUUGGCCGAUAAGAUUCAGGAGAAUGAACAAAAUGAAAUCACUGUCGCAGCGAUGUCUGAGGCGGACCUGCCUUACGAUAGAGGUAACAACCCUGUACAUUGGACGAAUGCUGCGUUGAAGAAAAGAAAGGCGAAGAUAGAGGUAAACAACAAAAAGAAAGACAAAAAGCACGGUUUGUGGAGAAGCUACGAUGACCCAGAUCUGGAUUUCCUUGGUCACCCUAAAUAUACGACCCAGAAGCUUGGUGGGGAACCUCAGAUUCGACAUGGAUAUGGCGGGAUGGGACAAGCUGCUACGAUCAACAGUAAGAAGCGCAAGCCAGAAGAAAAAGCUGGUUACUGUGAAGAAUUCACACGCGAUACACAGCUUGAUUGUGACAUGGAGGUAGUAGAUUCAGCUCCUCCAACGCCUUUGAGGAAGAGACAGCGAUUAGGCGAUGUCUUGUCUUUCCGUGACACGUGCUGA